ACCACAACAAAAUCAGGAAAGGACUACCCUACUUCACUCGGUCACCUCUCUACACCCCAAGCGGAAAUCUUCGAAACUCAGUAAACCUCCAUAAGCAAGGCAGACAUCUUUCUACACUGGCUGAAACGGCGAAGCAACCUAAAGCCUCUGGAAGAUCUACUCCACCACUUUCCCCAGCGCUCUCUCUAUUCCUCCAGGUUGUUUCUUAGCAAUGACUGAUCAAGGCACUGUGGUGACUCAAUCCUCAACUGCCAUGGACUAUGAAUCUGCUGAUCACAAAAUUGUUGGUUCAAAUACUUCUGAAUUGGAGAACAACGUGGUUCCUAAAACCUCUGUAGAAUAUUCAGCAACACAUACUAGUAUUGGAGAUCCGGUUACAUCUGCGCCACUUGUGGAUAGAAGUUCUGAUGUAGGUGCGGCUAAUUUUACAGACUCCGCUCAGCAGGAAAUCCCUACUGUCACUGGACAAGUAGAUGCAUCUCAAGCUACCUCAUAUACUACUUCUAUAAAUGGUAAUAAUAGCGAAGUGGGAAAUGCAGUAUUCACCAGUGUCAUAGAAAAUGGAAUACAAUCAGACAGUAUUCAUGAUUCCGCCACAAUGCAUCAGCCAGUAGCUGAUUCUGCAAUAUCUCAUGAAGAGGAACGAUUAUGGAGCAUUGUUAGAACAAAUUCUCUAGAUUUUGGUGCCUGGACUGCCCUUAUAGAGGAAACUGAGAAAGUAUCUGAGGGGAAUAUUGUGAAGAUUCGUAAAGUUUAUGAUACAUUUUUGGCGGAGUUUCCUUUGUGUUAUGGUUACUGGAAGAAGUAUGCAGAUCAUGAGGCACGGAUUGGUUCUAUGGAUAAAGUUGUUGAGGUAUACGAGCGAGCAGUUCAAGGAGUGACAUAUUCUGUAGAUAUGUGGUUGCACUAUUGUGUAUUUGCCAUAAACACAUAUGGAGAUCCUGAAACAAUUAGAAGGUUGUUUGAAAGAGCAUUGGCGUAUGUUGGAACAGACUACCUAUCAUUUCCUUUGUGGGAUAAGUACCUGGAAUACGAGUAUACACAACAAUCAUGGCCACAUGUUGCCACAAUUUACACACGGGUUCUGGAAAUUCCAAAUCAACAAUUGGAUCGCUACUUUGAAGGUUUCAAGGAGCUGGUUGCCAGUAGGCCACUAUCAGAAUUGCGUACUGAUGAAGAAAAGGAAGCAGCAGCAGUUGCUACUGGUUCUGAUACCACCAUUGUUGAGCAAGUUGAAGGAGAGGUUCAUCCUAACACAGAGUCUUUGAAGCCUGCAAGUUCAAGCCUAAAGGAUGCAGAGGAGUUGGAGAAGUACAUCUCCAUUAGAGAAGAGAUCUAUAAGAAGGCCAAAGAGUUUGAUUCUAAGAUCAUCGGGUUUGAAACUGCCAUCAGGAGACCCUACUUCCAUGUUCGCCCCCUAAAUUCUGCAGAGCUCGAAAACUGGCACAAUUAUCUUGAUUUCAUUGAAGGAAAUGAUGACUUCAAUAAGGUUGUCAAACUGUAUGAGCGAUGCCUGAUUGCUUGUGCGAAUUAUCCUGAAUAUUGGAUAAGAUAUAUUUUGUGCAUGGAGGCUAGUGGAAGUAUGGAUCUUGCUGAUAAUGCCAUUGUUCGUGCAACUCAAGUUUUUGUGAAGAGACAACCUGAGAUCCACCUCUUCGCUGCCCGAUUUCGAGAACAGCAGGGUGAUAUUCCUGGAGCCCGAGCUGCAUAUCAACUUGUUCACUCUGAAAUUUCACCUGGGCUUUUGGAAGCAACUAUUAAACAUGCCAACAUGGAACAUCGACUUGGAAACCUUGAUGAUGCAUGUUCUCUAUAUCAGCAAGCUAUUGCAAUUGAAAAAGCAAAAGAACACUCACAAUCUUUACCUUUACUGUUUGCCCAGUACUCCCGGUUUCUUUACUUGGUUUCUGGCAAAGUGGAAAAGGCUAGAGAAAUCAUUGAUCAGGCAGUUGAAAAUGGAAACUUGUCUAAACCACUACUUGAGGCAAUCAUCCAUUUAGAAUCAAUUCAGCCAAAUACAAAGAGAAUCGAUUAUUUGGAUCCUCUAGUUGAUAGAUUCAUUGUUCCUACAAUUGAUGCAUCUACGGUUGCAAGCAUUGAUGAAAGAGAAGAGUUGUCAAGCAUUUAUUUGGAGUUCUUGGACCUUUUUGGGGACACAAAAACUAUCAAGAAAGCUGAUGAUCGACAUGCCAAGCUCUUCUUACGUAACAGAACCUCUUUAUUAGAGUCAAAGAAGCGUCAUGCAGAUGAUUAUCUGGCUUCUGACAAGACAAAGUUGGUUAAAGCUGGUACCCCAGUUGCUGUAUCAGCAGUGGGGUCAUAUCCUGCUGCUGUGCAGAACCAGUGGCCUGCAGGUUACGGCAUACAGCCUCAAACUUGGCCACAAACAACUCAAGCUCAAGUUCAAGCUCAGCAGUGGAAUCCUGCUUAUACCCAACAAACGGCUGCAUAUAAUGCCUACGGUAGCUACGGAAGUGCUUAUGGAGCUACACAAGUACCUCCUACGUCAGUACCUCAAGCAGUUGCACCUUAUGGAGCUUAUCCUUCAGCAUAUCCUACACAGAGUUAUGCGCAGCCGGCUGUCGCAGCAACUCUAACACCUGUACAGCAGCCAUCGCCUGCAGCAGUUCCUCCUACAGCAGGAGCUGCUUAUUAUGGCAGUUACUAUUGAGGGUAGAGUUUAGAAGUCAGAUUUUGAUCAAUCUCUGAAGAGUGUUGUUCUGGUGUGGUUCAGAGUUGAGUUGACCAGAUCUCUUAGGGACAUGAAAACUAGUACUCUACCAUUUUGUUCAUGGUGGAUGGGCGUUCCCUACUUCCCUAGUUCCCUGUUGACAAUUGUAGACCACUGUAGUUUUUAAUGUUCUUAGUUUAUGUAUAAUUGGUGCGUUACAUUUCUCUCUUUUGAUAUACUUGUUAAUUUUGUGCCUUAUGUUUUGUUUAUGUACUCGAGGAUAUAUUAGUUUAUCAUUUAAAGAAUCUGAAAACAUAACUAUUAAUUUAGAGAUUGAUGGAUUAGAAAAAAACUAAGAACCGGUUGAUGAAAUCAAGUUUUAUCGGUCUUUU